UACAGAGCGGGAGGGAGGGAGGCGCAUUGGAAUGACAGAGGCUGCUGCUACUGAACCUCUCUCCCUGCUGCCAGUUGCUCUCCUACUGACAAGCGGCAGAGUGAGUGCGACUCUCCUACUGACAAGCGGCAGAGUGCGACUCUCCUACUGACAAGCGGCAGAGUGAGUGCGACUCUCCUAUUGACAAGCGGCAGAGUGCGACUCUCCUACUGACAAGCGACUGGGUGCGACUUCCCUUCCCCGGCAGCGGCACACGGAUUCUGCGCCAGGAUGGCAUCGCGCUGCGGGAGCCCGGGCGGAGUAUAAGGGAGGCUGCGGGCAUGGACCUUGGCGCGGAGGGAUACAGCGGAGCGGGUCAGAGGGAGAGUCGGGGAAAGUUACUGAGAGGGAACCGGGGGGAUGCGGAUCAGUUGGUCGCACCGGGAAUCGCACUCUGAGCGCUGAGAGCAGUUGGAUCUGUCGCCUUUCUGGACAAGUGGAACACCCACCUAACUCUCCCCUCACCUUUCAGAGCACCCAUAUUAUUCUCAGAAAUCCACAACCGGAGCAUCCUACUAUCCUUACUUAUUAUCUGCCCCCCUGCUGGGCACCCACUGGCUUCUCUCUGUGCUGCUCCCCUGAGUCCGGUUUCAUUGCCAAUAACUUCAUAUCAUCAGCUAAAACUUUUCUACCAAGUUCCGUGCCAACCUUCCCAUAACCCCAUGCCCCCUGUGCCCUUACCUUGUGCUACUUACGCCUGGUCCUUUGCCCAUUAGCCCCUUCAUCCUGCCCCGACCCCUAGUGCUCUGUCCAUUAGCCCCUUCAUCCUGCCCCGACCCCUGGUGCUCUGUCCAUUAGCCCCUUCAUCCUGCCCCGACCCCUGGUGCUUUGCGCUUUAGUCCCUUUCUUCUGCCCCGACCCCUGGUGCUGUGUCCAUUAGCCCCUUGCUUCUGCCCGACCCCUGGUGCUGUGUCAAUUAGCCCAUUCAUCCUGCCCCGACCCCUGGUGCUUUGCGCUUUAGCCUCUUCCUUCUGCCCCCACCCGUGGUGCUUUGCGCAUUAGCCCCUUCCUUCUGCCCCCACCCGUGGUGCUUUGCGCAUUAGCCCCUUCCUUCUGCCCCGACCCCUGGUGCUUUGCGCAUUAGCCCCUUCUUUCUGCCCCGACCCCUGGUACUUUAUCCAUUGCUGCCCCCAUUGUGCCUUAAUCUCUGCUUUACUACAGAGUUACUAUUUGCCCCUCACGGUGCCACCAGUUGCUGUUCUUUGGAAGGAUCCCCUGCUCAGCGCCCAGUUGGCAUCUGUUGCCAAACUCAGAUCAUCAGCAGGAAUAAGGGUCGUUGGAUUAAAGUGACAGACCCCAUUCAUGCCAAGCAGAUAACCACAGUGGGAUCCCUGCCCGCCGGACGCCUUGCCCUGAGCUAGAGGGAGCGCUGACUUUGCUGCCCCGGAGAGGAGUUUGCGCUGCCCCAGCCAUGUGGUUAGAGGGCUCCCCCCUGGCACCGCUGGCUGCUGCUUCCUUCCUGCUUGCAGUGCUGGCGGCUGCCCAGGGGAGCGGGGAAUACUGCCAUGGCUGGCUGGAUGCCCAGGCCGUGUGGAGGGACGGAUUCCAGUGCCCGGAGCGCUUUGAUGGGGACGAUUCGACCAUCUGCUGCGGAAAGUGCGAGCUGCGCUACUGCUGUUCCAGCGCCGAGGCCCGGCUGGAUCAGGGCAUGUGUGACAACGACCGGCAGCAGGGGGCGCCAGAUCACAGCAGGCCGGAUAAGGACAGCCAGGAUUCGGCAGCAGUUCCUAUCUAUGUGCCAUUUUUAAUAGUGGGCUCUGUUUUUGUGGCCUUUAUUAUCGUGGGUUCCCUGGUGGCCGUCUGCUGUUGUAGAUGUCUGCGACCAAAGCAGGAGCCCCAGCAGAGUCGAGCACCUGGAAGUAACCGGCUGAUGGAGACCAUCCCUAUGAUCUCAAGCGCCAGCACGUCCCGUGGCUCUUCCUCUCGUCAGUCCAGCACGGCGGCCAGUUCUAGUUCCAGUGCCAAUUCUGGAGCAAGGGCACCUCCAACUCGAUCUCAAACCAAUUGCUGUUUGCCAGAAGGGGCAAUGAAUAAUGUCUACGUAAACAUGCCUACCAACUUCUCAGUGUUGAACUGCCAACAGGCCACACAGCUUGUUCCACACCAAGGACAGUAUCUUCACCCUCAGUUUGUAGGCUAUGCUGUGCCACAUGACUCUGUACCCAUGACUCCAGUGCCCCAAUUUAUAGACGGUCUGCAGGGAGGAUUCAGGCCAAUGCAGUCACCGUACCCACACAGCAACCCAGAACAGAUGAUGUACCCAGCUGUGACGGUGUAAAUAAGCCCCUUAGACUCAUUUGGGGCCGAAUGGAUUGAAAUGUGAGAUGAGACUGUUUGCAGCUUGGACUGGAGAAGAUUUGGGAACACUGUGUAUUGGGCUACGUGUAGCUGGCGAGGAGAAAUACCAAAUGGUGAUUUCAUACCAUGCAUGAAUUACAGUGACUAAGGGGUUGUUAUUUUGAAUUAUUCUGAAUGUGCAUUUACGUUUUUUUAAGGAUACAUUUUUUUGUGUCGGAGAAACAUGAGCCAUUAACUCUCUUUUUUUUGCUGGAACUUUCAGGUGAGCUUCAGCAAUGAGGAGAUACAUAGUUUCCUUCUGGUAUAACUUCUCUCAUAGCUCAAUGCAAAUGUAAAAAUUCAGGGGUGGGCAUUGUGUUUGGAGCUAACAUAGACCAGAGUGGUCCAAUACCAGUCCUCCAGGGUCAUAACCAUACAGGAUUUUAAUAUUUUCCAACAGGUUUAGUGAAUGGGGCAUAUUAAAUGACCCAUCUUCUCCUGAGGAAGAACCUAUGACUUGGCUUGCUGAGGCACUUGAGGCUUAGGUUUGGAUUGCCCUGACAUAGACAAUCAUGCAGACAAUCAGCCAUUAAACAGUGCAAUGGCGAUAGAUUUUCCAUCCUAUGUCCAACUUCCUUUGGGCCUUUACAUUUUUGUAACAUACGUCCUUCACAUUAUGGAUUUCAGAACUAUAAUAUCAGUAAAUUAUAGGUGACCAUUUGGGGGCUACAGAGUUACUUUGCAUAGCACGCUUUCACACUCAUGUGGUUAAAUCAGGGAUGGGCAGCCCCAAGGUUGUACAUUUUCAUUGGUCACUACUCUACAACUCCCAGCAUUCCCACAUCCAGGCUGCAGCCAAAGAGAGUUAUGUGAGCUGUACUUUAACUCCAGCGGAAUAGCCGAGAGUAUCCAAUCUCAGUUGACGUGCCAUAGAAAAUAAGUCUCAGGACAUCUUUAGAGGAUGAAUGUAGCUGACAAAAAAUAAAAAGUGCAUUAGGUUAUCAGAUAUUUGUGUUUCUAUUUGCUAUUGCUUAAACAGCUACUAAACUGUGGUAAAUUUGACAGAAUAUAUUUCAUUUGCCACUCAUAUCAUGGUGGGAAGGUCAACCCAUCAUGGGCCUUCCCAGAACGUUGUUCAGUCUUUUGCACCAAAGGUCAUUCUAACAAAGAGCUAUCCUAAGUUGCACGAGGUGGCCAAAUUUCCAGGGACAAAUGACUGGAUUGUGUGGCCCACACAUGACUAGAUGGCCAAUUAAUGCAGAUCUGUUGUAUUCCCACAACUGGGGUUAGGUUAGCAAUAGAAUUGAGUUAGCCAAGAACUCUACAUGUUAAUUGAACAUGGCUACCGGCUGGUCAGACUAUCUGGUCUGUUUGGAUCUGAUUUUGAUAGUAUCUAAUGGUCAUCUGGAAAUUGCCCGAGACUUUUCAUCUCAAAUGUGUACUCCAUUAAUGUAUCUGCUGACAAUAACAUGACUCAGCUUAUUGAAUACUUCUUCUACUUUCAAAAACCCAUAUUUCUUCCCCAAGGUUCCAUCAAUAUUCAGAAAGUAAACAAAAAUAACCUCUUAUCUAUAAUUGACUUUCAUCCAAAAGAGUCCACCUUCAUUACAAUAUUCUACAUGUUGUAAUAGGGGGAUGGUUGGUUUUGGCAAACAGUUAUCACUUCUAUGACCUAAAAAGUAGACCCUGAAACUUGGUUUGUUGCAUUUGGAAGUUGUAUCUCACUUGGUAUUCAGGUAAAAUCUUUAGAAAUUGUGGUUACGCUAAACGUAAAGCAUUCACUCCAUCCUGCAACAUUUAUUAAAGUAUUAAAGUAUAUACUGCAUGAUACAGAAGGGGUGGCAUAUGACAGAGCAAUAUGCAGCCCAUAGCUGUGUGCAGACCAGUUAUUCACUAUAACUGCAUGUUGGGGAACCACAUUAUGCUUCAAGAACAAUGUUAUCCAAAAAGGUCAGCUCUUCAGCAGCCUGGGGGCUAUAAAAUCUCUUGGAGGGCCUAUGAACCUCCAAUUAAACUCCAAUUAGACUGACCAACCUAUUUGGUGGAUCCUGUUGGUUUUGCUCAUGUUCUGUUCUUUCCCUACACCUUUACCUCUAUCAGUGCGGCUUGGAAUAGUGGCCAAACUACAGCAAUUAUAUCUAAAAGUUUAUUUUCCAUCACUGAAGCUUUCUGACAGAGGACAUUUAAUGGGGUUACUACAUUUUGGAACAGUAUCUUGGGUGGUUCAUUAUAACUGGGCGAUUCCUGCUCAGAAUUGGCAGCAUUGGAAUGAAAUGUCCCAUACUCAUUGGUAAAGGUCAAAUCAAAACAUUAAGUAUACUCUGUUUAUACGUACGGUUUAUCUUUCUUUGAUAUAACUACAGAGACAUUUCCAGCACCCAUUAAGCCACACACUCACAUCCAUAUGGAAAAAUCCUGUAAACUCUGCGUAAAAACAGAUGACAUUUUCCUUAAUGCACUCAGCAUGUUGCACAUAUUAUCCGGUAGGGACCCUCUGCAUCGCUCUGUCACUGUCAGGGGUUAAUCAGCUGUAAAUUGUUUACUGUAAAAUAUGUUUUGAACAAAAUUCAUAAGUUAAGAUUUCUAACGGUAAAAAAAAACCAAUAUUUUGGAAUUUGUCAAAAUAUUAGCUUUUUGAAUUAAAAAAAAAAGGUUGUGCGAUAUGUGGUGUUUUUCACGUUUUCUAAGUAUAAUGUAUUAUAGUGUAAAAGAAUCCAUGUUGAUGUUUGCCUUUGUUUAUGAUCUCCCAAAGGGCACUUAAAUUAAAGUGUUUCUUACAAAGUGAA